UCACGAAUGACGCUUUUUAUGACAUGUAUAACUUUUCAUGAAAAUUGGCCACAAAAACCUCGUAUUUGUGAUUCAAAUUCAACACGAUAGCUCGAACAAUUGUCGUGUCAAUAAUGCGUUUCUAUCCUAAAAGAAUCGUAGUGUUUGCUUUGGCCCUUGGGACAUUUUUUCUGUCUUUAUAUACCCUACAUUUUCGCCUGCAAAAAACUCGAAGUGUUGGCAACGAUCCAGGCAAAGACCUAUUGGUCCACAAUGAGGUGGACGGUGGACUUGGAAAGCUACCACCAGUACCGGAUGUGAAUCAAGUUUCUCAAAGGAAACAACCUGUCCUUGCGAAACCAAACAUUCCGAAUGACAGUCAGCAAGUCGGAUUGGGGAAUGGCGACCAAAAAUUGGGGGAGGGAGUGGUGGGAGUCGCCAUCAAGAUGCCCCUAAGAAAGAGCACUACUUGUCCUGAUUUAACACAACCAGCUGACUUCCCAGAGACACAGACUUUUCAGCCAUAUCGUAACGGGGCUAUGUAUGUCUUUGCUGCAUAUCUUGAUGAUCGUCACAACAUUGUGCGGAUAACUGCCAUAGCCAGAUCGUUGCAAACAGGUUUCUGUCAGAUGUGGUACAGAGAUGGAGAUGUGAUGAAGACAAGUGCCGUAAAAAGUCAAAGGCUACCAGAGGGUCAUGGCAGAAAAUAUGAUGGCUUCUAUGUGACAUGUCCUUUACCAGGUGGCAGAAUUCCAUAUGCGGUAUCCGUUGUCAGCAGUCCGUGUGAAAAACCCACCAAUGUCCUGAAAGUUCUCAACACCAAGAAAGUAGACUAUUCCAAGAUGACUGGAUUUGGAGUUUGCAGUCCCCCAUUUAAUUUCAAGUACAAACGUGUGGAUCAAAUGAUUGAGAAUUUGGAAACUAAUCGAAUGCUCGGAGCGACAAAGUUUACCUUCUAUAACUAUAGUUUAGGUGAUGAGGUUUACAAAGUUCUGAAGCCAUAUAUUCAGCAGGGUAUUGUUGAACUAGUUCAGUGGCCAAUACCUGUUUUGGUGCAAACAUGGCCGCCGACCGUUACACAGGAGAUCCAUUAUUUUGGGCAGAUUGCCAAUUUGAAUGACUGUUUGUAUCGCAAUCAUCAAAAAGUGAAAUACGUCGCGUUCACAGAUUUGGACGAGUAUGCCGUCCCAAGGAGACAGAAGAAUUGGACAGCUUUGAUUAAUGAUUUAGAGAAACGCGGUGUUCAUGCCGCGUCGUAUAUGUUCAGGAACGUCUUUUUCAAAUGUGAAUGGGACGAUGAUGAAGACUUGGCUAAAAUUCCUCUCAUAAAAAAACUGAACAUGGAAGUUAUUUUAAAAACGAAACGCCAGCCACGAAUCUUUUCACCCAAUCAAAGAUCAAAAAAUAUUGUAGAAGUGCGAAGGGCAGUUACUGUAGGGGUUCAUAAUAUCUGGAAUUUUGAGCAUGGAUUUGGAUCACAUAUUUUGUCAGAGUCGGAUGGUCUUUUACAUCACUAUAGAAAUUGGGAAACCAAGGGAGAUAGAAAUUAUGUGGUUGAUAAAUACAUGCAUAAGUUUAGAACCGAAUUAUUAGGUCGGGUUGAGAAGGUUAAGAAAGACCUUGGGCUUCUGUGAUGAAGUCACAGGUGAUCACUGGCACUAGCAGUUGAGGAAGUUUAUGAAACUUGUUAGUAAACCAUCAUCAUUAUAUUGUUUUAUUCAUUCCAAAGUAAUGAGACAUGUUCAAAGAGUCAAUUUGACUUGAAAUGAAAGGAAUAAGAAACUGUUAAGGGAAAUGUUUAGCAUGUGGAGAUUUGGGGGUGGUUGAUCUUUAAUCCAUGACAUUAACUUCAUAAACUUGAAUAGUCAUUUUAAGGCUUUUUACUGAUCAUUGAAUUAGUAAAGAAUCAAACUGCACACAUGUCAUGCAGCUCAGUCUUGGGAUACUGUUGGACUGUUGUGCCCAAUGCAGCUUGUUGGAACAUUUUCAUAUUGGUAUUGAUGUAAAUGAAGAUGUUCAGCCAUAUUACGUUAUUUUUCUUGGGUUUUAUGCACUAAAUAUGACUUGAACCUGGUACUUGAAUUUGUAAUGCUCGUGUAAUUGUCAGUAUAUUCUAUUGGAAAGAAUCAAAAUGUCACGUGAAAGUAUCGGGCUGCAAGAUGUCAUGGAGACCGUCAGGUGAGGAUAUCUUGCCAGCUGCACAGAAAGGGUUAACAAUUUAAGGGCUGAAAAUCAAUCAUGAAGAUGCGUAGAUCCAAUUUAUUGCACAGGUUUUCUGGCCUGUGAACUGACUACGUAUGAGGGUAGAUAUGAAUGCAGACUCCAUCAAAUCAAUGGUGAUGCAUUAAUAGUGAAACCACCACUGGGAAAGUAAUUGUAUUUCUCAGCAUCGGACCUGAUUUAAUUAGAUUCACCCGCGAGCUGUCUAAUCCUCUCAUAAGGGAUAUUGAUUAUGUGGAUUUUUCAGAUUAUGACUGCACGCACCUAAUCGUUGAUAUGCCAUAUCAAAGGGAGUUUGCUGAACGUACUGGAAACGUUGAAGUAUACCCGGCAGUGGCUCUAAACCCAGAAAUGCUCAUGACUUUUAUUUUCGUGUUUUUCGUUUUUAUCGAUAAUCGCCAAAUUUAUGGCUGCAAAACUAAAUGCUAUUUCAGAUUACUGUUGUAGGAUUGUCAAAACACUAAAUCAAAAAUAGUUCUAAGUUGCAAUUUCACAAAACGGUGAAAUAAAACGGCCAUAUUUAAGAGAGUGUCCUCGAGUCCUGUGACCGGCCUGGUUAACAGAGUGUCCUCGAGUCCUGUGACCGGCCUGGUUAACAGAGUGUCCUCGAGUCCUGUGACCGGCCUGGUUAACAGAGUGUCCCGAGCCCUGUGGUUGUAAUCUCCAAUUAUUAUAUAUCAUUCCAUGAAUUCAUGAAAGGAUUUUCCGUCCAAUAUUGUUGUUUGAUUUACUUUUAUACACAAACCAUCUGUAAUUCUAAAGCUUUUGAAGAUGCAAAUCAAAACAUUCUUGUAAAAUCGACCUGCGUUGUCGGUCAUUUGAUUAAAAUGCUUCUUCCUUUUACAUUAGGUAAGCUUUAUAUGUAAACAUGUACAAUAUGUAGCCAAUUGGGGUAAGAUGAAAAGAUAUUGGUACACACCUCUCACAAACGAGAUCAUAGGUCACAUCUAGGCUUUCUACCAUGAUUCAAGUGAUUUCACUUUAGAAUUAAACUUUUGUUGUAAUUUUAGAUUCUGUGAUUGCUUCUCUGUAUUUAUCCCAGCAAACAUUCCUACUAAGAUUCCCAUUUGUAUUUGUGAUAUGACUCUUGUAAACAUUUUGUUCAGCUACAAAUGUAUUCACUUGAGUAAUGUAUAGAUAUCCAGCGCAGCAGAAAUAUAAAAGAACUGGCAGUGUUCUGUCGGCCGAUAUUGGUCUUGGUGGCCAUCGGGCUGAAACAUCAAAUGUUUACAUUUACCACCAGACAAAACAACAUGCCACCAGAAUCUCUAUAACUUAGCACAAGAGAACUGAGUGGAGAACACUGGAUAGGGAACAAGUUUGGCCGAGAAACAUUUAUUAUUUAUCUUGCUUGGUGUGCGAGGUGCCAUACAUGUAUUAAGAAUCUCUCCUCUCAUAGUCAUGCUUUAUUGGUCGAAGAUUUAGUCGUUAGUGGUUGUUAUGUUGAUGAAGUUGCUUCAUUCUGUUGAUGUAUGUCACAAGACUAUUUCCUAGAGUUAUUCACUGAAGUGUCAGAUGGCAUUCACUUUUUGAAACAUGCCCUGUAGCUCUUCAGAUUUCACUGAAUCUCUGUUUAUUUUGUGGCGAAUUUUACUUUAGAGACUCCUAGUGUAUUAGGUGUAUUAUCUUCAUUCUGGUUUUGUCAAUAAAAUUGGAUAAAGUUCA